CUCCGCCCGGUGCUGCCAUAGCAGCGUUGGGGAGCUGCCAUAGCAGUGCUGGGGAGCUGCCAGCUGCUGCACGGGUACCUGGGCCCGGCCUGCUCCUUCUGCCGGCCUGGGGGUCCCACUGUUGUGAUUUUGGUUCAGGCACUGCAGCAGCACCUUGGCUCCAGCCCUUCUCCUGCUGGAUGGUAGGUCCUGGGUAAAGGAGCGAAGACAGGUAAAAGCUCUCUCUAUGGUGCAGGUUGGCAGCAGUUGGAGUCACGUAAUUAGAAGACGACGGCUGCACAUUGUGGUCAGAGGACUGCUGUUGCUGUGGAAGAAUGACUGCAAAGAGAAAGGAGGCAGUCCUUCAGAUGAACAUCAAUAGCCAGGAGCUGUGGGAGGAAAUGCUGUGUCUCAAAGGCCUCAUUGUUGUUGAUGCAUAUCAAGCCUGGUGUGGUCCAUGCAAAACAGUAGUGGAUGUUUUCCGAAAAAUAAGGAAUGAAGUCAGCAGUGACCUUCUGCAUUUUGCUGUGGCUGAAGUUGAUUCCAUUGAUGCUCUGGAAAAAUACAGAGGAAAAUAGAGGAGAACUGGCAGCUGUUGUAAGAGGAGCAAAUGCCCCGUUGCUGCAGAAGACCAUUCUGAAACAGCUGGCAGUGGAAAGGAAGGUUUUGGAGCAUGGAGGAGAG